AUGUUGAAGAUAUGGUCUAUGCAGCAGGAUGCAAACGCAGAUGCUGCUGCGGGUACUAAGAAGAAGAAAGUGACGGCAGCGCAACUGCGCAUCCAAAAAGAUCUCUCAGAGCUUGCGCUGCCGAGUACCAUGAAGACCGACUUCCCUGACCCAGACGAUACCCUCAACUUCACCCUCACCAUCGAACCGGACGAGGGUAUGUAUAAAGGCGGACGGUUCCAUUUCACAUUCGCCAUCCCCCAAAGUUUUCCUCACGAGGCGCCUAAAGUCAAAUGCACACAAAAGAUCUACCACCCGAACAUCGAUCUGGACGGAAACGUAUGCCUGAACAUUUUACGAGAGGAUUGGAAACCGGUGUUGAACUUGCAGGCGGUUAUUAUUGGGCUGCAGUUCCUCUUCCUCGAGCCAAACGCCUCCGAUCCUCUCAACAAAGAGGCAGCGGAAGAUCUACGGUCGAAUAGAGAGGGGUUCAAACGGAACGUCCGUUCAGCAAUGGGGGGUGGGUCAGUGAAGCACCAGACUUUCGAGAGGGUUUUGAAGACUUGA